AUGGUGAAAAAUUCUUUACGCGGUGACACUUGCGGUUAUUGCAAUGCCUGUGUUCGGUUGAGGUUGUGCGCUGCCCGUGGCCGCAGCCCGGAGCCCUUGGAGUGCGCAUAUAAACACAUUUUGGAGUCCUACGGAGGGCUCAGCAGCGGAGAAAAAGUAGUUGAAUCUCCCAAACCAGCGUGUGCUUCAUGUAGAUGGACGUCCAACGCGCAGUUCCCUGAAACGCCACCCUCUUCAAGUGAUCUCAGUUUAGAGUGGAGUCCACAGUCCAAUAGAUCUCGAACCAGACGCCGUAAGAGAUAG